AUGACCUCCACGCACUCCGACGACGGCACGCACCCCGCAGUCGACAAUUCUCUCGACGACAUCUUCGGCUCCUCGCCACCACAUGAGACCAGAGAAAUGUACGGGCACGCAGAUCAUAGCGGAGUGGGAGCUAGCUCAGGUACUGUCGAACCCUCCGAUCUCCCCUCUCUCCGCCGCCAGCACGUCACCGCGGGGUACCGCGAGGGCGUCUCCGUGUCAAAAGGCGAGCGCGUCCAAGACGGCUUCGACGGCGGAUUCCCAAUCGGAGCUCAGCUAGGUAUGCGAGCAGGAACAAUCCUAGGUAUUCUCGAAGGAAUUUCACGGGGACUCGAAGACCGAAGCACAGGUGCAGUGAAGAAGCCCGCUGCGCGGGGCAGUGCAUCUGGGACCUCUUCGCCGGCGAACAACGAGGCACGCCGAAAGAUCGGUGAGCAACUUCGAAAGAUCUACGGGGACGCCGCGAAGGCGUUAGAUGUGCAGGCUGUGUUUACGGGACUGGAAGCUAUGGCCGCGUCUGGUUCACGGGUUGACACUGCCUCGGGCGAGAUCACUCAUCAGGAUGCAGGGGAGAAGCCAGAGACCCAGUUAGCUAAGAAGGGAGACUCGGUGAUCGCCCCGUGGGAGAAGAGGCUUGCUGUGCCUGCCUGGGAGGAGAAUAUGGAGGCCUUGGAGAUGAGGGACGGACAUGGCGAGGGAGACAAGGGCGCUGCUGGAGAGCGGAGCUGA